UCGUUUAGCGUUCAAAGACUCCGUUAUCUUAUUCUCUCACCCGACUCAUGCCAGCUGGCUUACACGACCUAUGAUGAUACCAAGAUCCAUAUUUGCGACACUCCACUGAACAUCCUUACUAGCAUGUGGCCUGCACAACCUAAAAUCAAUGCACAUGAAUCUAAUUUCCCCCCUGAGGCGAUGCUCCAAGACCUCUCAAAGUAUAUUACAAAGAACGGAGACUAUCCUGUUGCUCGUGGCGGGUUCGGGGAGGUCUGGAAAUGUACUUACCUCAUCAAUAGGAGGUCUACCAAAGUCGCAGUGAAAACAUUGCAGGUUUAUGCUGAUGAGACAACAAACACGAAAAAGAUCAAGAGGAUCAAGCGCGAACUUAGAUUAUGCGCCAGCCUCAGUCAUGCAAAUAUCCUACCCGUUUGUGGUUAUGCGUAUGGCUUCGGCCCACUUAUGGCAAUAGUUAGUCCUUGGGCGGAUAAUGGUAACCUGACAACCUAUCUGAAGCUUGAGGGCGCGGCUCUUACUCUCGUUAGAAGAUUCCGGAUCCUCAAGGAUAUCAUAGCUGGUCUGCAAUAUCCUCAUGCCAACUCAAUCAUCCAUGGAGACCUCAUUGGGCCUAAUGUCCUCAUCCAUGGCGACGGCACUGCUUGCAUUGCCGAUUUCGGCCUUUCCUUGAUGUAUUCCGAGGUUAUAAGUGUCUCUCAGUCUUCCUGGACUUCCACGCUCAAAGGAAACGUGCGAUGGAUGGCACCUGAGCUGCUUGUAGAACGGGAAGAUGGAUUUCCAACUCGUCCUAGCGAGCAGAGCGAUAUCUAUUCAUUCGGGCGGAAUCAUAUCCUCACCAACAAAACUCCCUAUUAUUACCUCUUGAAUGACGCCGCCGUCAUCCUAAGCAUAGCCAGAUCCCAAAUGCCUUCCCGAUCUCGUUAUCCUGCGCUCCCCGACAAGUAUUGGUCUUUGAUACAGCAGUGUUGGUCUACUGAACCCCGGGACCGUCCAUCGACGGAAAAUGUUGACGGAACAAUCAGGAACGAAUUUCACUCGCUGUCCAGACCCCUUCAAAAUCCAAGCCUCGCCGUGCUACAUGACCUCACGAGAUAUAUCACAAAGGACCAAGAGUACCCUGCUGCUGGUGGCGGAUUCGGUGAAAUAUGGAAAUGUACACAUAAGAAGGAUGGAAUAUCGGUCAAAGUGGCAGUGAAAUCAUUGAGGGUGUAUGCUGCUGAUCAAGGAAAGGAGAAAAAGAACGAGAGGAUCCGGCGUGAACUAGGAAUAUGUGCCAGCCUCAAGCAUGCAAAUAUUCUGCCGGUGUAUGGCUAUACGUAUGGCUUCAGCCCAUUCAUAGCGAUAGUCAGUCAUUGGGCGGAGAAUGGAGACCUGACAGCCUAUUUGGGGCGUAAGGGUGAAACUCUUACUGUCGUUCAACGAUUCCAGAUUCUCAGAGAUGUCAUAGCUGGGCUGCAAUAUCUUCAUGUCAACCAUGUUAUCCAUGGUGACUUCAACGGGCUUAACAUCCUCAUCCAUGGUGAUGGUACCGCUUGCAUUGCCGACUUCGGUCUUUCCUUGAUGUAUUCCGAAGUUAUCGGUGCCUCUAAGGCUUCCUGGACAUCGACUCCAAUCCAAGGAAACUUGCCAUGGAUGGCUCCUGAGCUGCUUCAGGAGCAAAAGGAUGGAUGUCAAGUGCGGCCAAGCGAGCAGAGUGACAUCUAUUCGUUCGGCGGUAUCAUGUUACAGGUCCUCACCAACAAAAUUCCCUAUUAUUACCUCACACACCAACCUGCUAUCAUCAUAUGCAUAGCGAACUCGGAAAAACCUGACCGAACUCUUUAUCCUGUCAUCCUUGACAAAUAUUGGCAAUUUAUCGAUCGGUGUUGGUCUACUCUUCCUCAGGACCGUCCAUCAGCGGAGGAAGUUGAGGGAGAUAUCAGGAACGAAUUUUACUUACUAUCUGGAUCUCCCUGAUUCUUGAAUUGUUUUUCAUACCACACCCUGUUUACAGGACAACCAGAUAGUCUAAGCCCGCGGUAUAGUAUGCAGCAGUAGAGUAAACGUAGGCCGACCUCCGGCCUUAUCUUGUUCUUGUGUUAUCACUCUAGAAUACCUGCCAGCUUGGACAUGAAUAGUCCUGCCUGCACUAAACACCUAGAUGCACAUAACGUCAGCUUCAGGAGAGAGGACAUGGAGGAUGAAGACAGAAGCCAGACCCGCCUGCUUCUACUUCUUCGAGAUCGUCAAGCUCCUCAUACUCUCCUCUAAAAUAUCGCACACAUUCGCAAACAUGUACUCGGUCCUGACAUAGUGG